AUGCUCGACAUCCGAGUCCUUGCCCAUCUGAAGGUGUUCUCCACUGUAUACCUGCAAGUCGCUGGUGCAGUCCUAGCUGCGUAUGUUGCUUGGAAGCUAGGGCGCAUCAUUGCCGCGCCGUGCAGGUCUAGCCUGCGCAACCUGCCAGCCCCGCCGUCUCCUAGCUGGCUCUAUGGUAACCUCAAAGAAUUGACGGCUGCCGAAGCACGCCCGCUCCACGAGAGCUGGGUAGAGCAAUACGGACACACUCUCACCUACAAGGGCUUGUUCAAUGCGAACGUAUUGUAUACUGUCGAUACGAGGGCCCUUAACCACAUCCUCAGUCACUCCGCCGAUUACUGGAAGCCACCGGCUGCCCGAUACGGUUUGUCCACAGUGGUCGGAAAAGGCCUGGUCUUUGUCGAGGGCGAUCAGCACCGGCAGCAAAGACGCGUCAUGAACCCAGCGUUCGGGCCAGCUCAGAUAAGGGAGCUCACGGAUGUCUUCGUGCUGAAGGCCAUCGAGCUCGCCGACUACUGGAAAGAUCUCAUCUCCGAGACCGGAGAACCCGCGCGCGUCGAAGUCAUCGAGGGACUGUCCAAGAUGACUCUCGACGUGAUCGGCCUCGCAGGAUUCAAUUACGAAUUCGACGCGCUGAACGUUGACGGUAAGACGAGCGAGCUGCAUGCUGCCUUCAGAGUGAUCUUUGGCAAGGCGACGAACGCGCCGUCUGUCUUUAGCUUCCUCAGGUUCCUGUUUCCACCUCUGCGGUUCAUCCCCACCCCUAGUGGGAGACGAGCUAACCGAGCCAAAGCAAUCAUGCGCAACGUCGGCCUGCAGCUCAUCCGUGAGAAGAGGGCGGACAUCACUGGCUCAGCCAGCCACGGCGAGAAGGCAGACGAGAAGCAUGUGGACCUAGAGAGCCGCGACUUGUUGACGCUCCUCAUCAAGGCUAAUGCGGGCUUGGACAUCCCAGAGAACCAGCGGCUGUCUGAUGAGGACAUCCUUGCCCAGGUGCCGACCUUCCUCGUCGCCGGGCACGAGACGACGAGCAACGCCACAGCCUGGGCGCUCUACUCCCUUGCGGUCGCGCCGGAGAUACAAGAGAAGCUGCGCGAGGAGGCGUACAGUCUCCCCACGGAGAACCCGACGAUGGACGAGCUGCAGGAGCUCCCGUACCUCGACGCCGUCGUGCGCGAGACGCUGCGCCUGCACGCGCCCAUCCCGAGCACGCUUCGCAUGGCGGUCAAGGACGACCUCAUCCCGCUGAACACGCCGUUCACGGACGUGCAUGGGCAGGUGCACGAUGCUAUCAAGAUCGACAAGGGUACCACGAUCGACGUACCCAUUCUUCAGCUGAAUACGUCUAAGGUUAUAUGGGGGGAGGACGCUCACGAGUUCAAGCCCGACAGGUGGGAGCACACGCCUGAGGCAGCGCAGCACGUCCCGGGUGUGUGGAGCAACAUGAUGACCUUCCUGGGAGGUCCGCGCUCUUGCAUCGGCUUCCGCUUCGCCUUGGUCGAGAUGAAGGCGUUGUUGUUCACGCUCAUCCGCACAUUCGAAUUCGAGCUUGCCCUGCCAAAGGAGGAAAUUGUGCGGCAGCGAGCAGCGAUCCAGCGCCCGAUCGUCCGGGGCGAGAUGGAGAAGGGCAGCCAGCUGCCGAUGCUGAUCAAAGUGCACAAGCGUGUCUGA